CCAAUGGAAUACCGUAACUGGUUUUUUUUGCCACCAAGCAGGUUAGCCGGUAUCGUUUGGCCUCCUCUCUAGCCCGUUGAUCUUUUUGCCUCUUACUGCAAUGGCGGAGCAACAGCAGUUCAACCUCUUACUGGGAAACCUGAUGAGCCCUGACAACAAUGUCAGGAAACAAGCAGAGGAGACCUAUGAGACUAUCCCUGGCCAGAACAAGAUCACAUUCUUGCUACAUGCAAUCAGAGAUGCGUCUGCUGCAGAGGAGGUCAAACAGAUGGCAGCAGUGUUGUUGCGGCGGCUGCUAUCGUCCUCUUUUGAUGAUGUCUUCCCAGGCCUGACACUGGAAAUGCAGACGGCAAUCAAGACAGAACUGCUGACUAGCAUCCAACUAGAGACCUCACCAAAUAUCCGCAAGAAAAUCUGUGACAUUGCUGCUGAGCUUUCUCGCAAUCUUAUUGAUGAUGAUGGAAAUAACCAGUGGCCUGAGGUGCUCAAGUUUCUGUUUGACUCUGUUAGUUCGAACAAUGUUGGCCUGCAAGAGGCUGCACUCCAUAUAUUCUGGAACUUCCCAGGAAUUUUUGGCAACCAGCAACAACAUUAUCUAGAUGUUAUCAAACGAAUGCUUGUUCAGUGCAUGCAGGACCAGGCAAACCCACAGAUUACCACUUUGGCGGCCCGGGCCACAGCCUCUUUUGUCUUGUCCAAUGAAAGCAACACAGCGCUGCUCAAGCAGUUCUCUGACCUGCUGCCAGGAAUUCUCCAGGCAGUGAACGAUUCCUGUUAUCAAGGAGAUGACUCUGUCCUCAAGUCAUUGGUGGAAAUUGCAGACACUGCACCAAAAUACCUGAGACCAAAUCUGGAGGCCACUCUGCACCUGUGUCUAAAGCUUUGUGCCGACGCCAACCUGACUAACAUGCAGAGGCAGCUGGCAUUGGAGGUUAUUGUCACCCUAUCAGAGACGGCAGCGGCCAUGCUGAGAAAGCACACUGCAAUUGUGGAUCAGUGUGUGCCUCAGAUGCUGGCUAUGAUGGUGGACCUGGAAGAUGACGAUGAGUGGGCUAGAGCUGACGAAUUGGAAGAUGAUGACUAUGACAGUAAUGCUGUGGCUGGCGAGAGUGCUCUUGACAGAAUUGCCUGUGGACUGGGAGGAAGGAUCGUUUUGCCCAUGAUCAAACAGCACAUCAUGCAAAUGCUGCAGAACUCUGACUGGAAGUAUCGUCAUGCUGGACUGAUGGCACUGUCUGCUAUUGGUGAGGGCUGCCACCAGCAGAUGGAGGCUAUCCUGCAAGAGAUUGUUGGCUUUGUCCUCCUCUUCUGUGCAGACCCACAUCCAAGGGUGCGAUAUGCUGCCUGCAAUGCUAUUGGACAGAUGGCCACAGACUUUGCUCCCACCUUUCAAAAGAAAUUCCACGAUAAGGUCAUAUCAGCCCUACUCCAGACUAUGGAAGACCAGAGUAAUCCCCGAGUGCAGGCCCAUGCAGCUGCUGCCCUUAUCAAUUUCACAGAGGACUGUCCUAAAUCUCUUCUAAUCCUCUACUUGGACAGUUUGGUUCAACACCUUCAUGUCAUUAUGGUUGCCAAGCUACAGGAGUUGAUCCAAAGGGGUACUAAACUGGUCCUGGAGCAGAUAGUGACAUCCAUUGCCUCUGUGGCUGACACCGCUGAGGAAAAGUUUGUGCCAUAUUACGACCUGUUCAUGCCAUCGCUGAAACAUAUUGUAGAAAAUGCAGUACAGAAGGAGCUGCGUCUUCUUCGUGGCAAGACCAUUGAGUGCAUCAGCCUUAUUGGUCUAGCUGUGGGCAAGGAGAAGUUCAUGCCCGAUGCCUCAGCUGUGAUGCAGCUCCUCCUCAAAACUCAAACAGACUUCAAUGAUUUGGAGGACGACGAUCCCCAGAUCUCGUAUAUGAUCUCUGCUUGGGCCAGAAUGUGUAAGAUCUUAGGAAAGGAGUUUCAGCAGUAUCUGCCUGUAGUGAUGGGUCCCCUGAUGAAGACUGCGUCCAUCAGGCCAGAGGUGGCGCUUCUUGACACUCAGGACAUGGAGAGCAUAACAGAGGACGAGGGCUGGGAGUUUGUCAAUCUGGGAGACCAACAAAGCUUUGGCAUCAAGACUGCUGGCCUAGAAGAGAAGUCUACUGCCUGUCAGAUGCUGGUGUGUUAUGCCAAAGAGUUGAAAGAGGGGUUUGUGGAGUACACAGAGCAAGUUGUGACUCUGAUGGUUCCUCUACUCAAGUUCUACUUCCAUGAUGGUGUGCGAGUAGCGGCAGCCGAGUCCAUGCCUCUGCUUCUAGAGUGUGCCCGUGUGCGAGGGCCAGAGUAUCUCACCCAGAUGUGGUUUUUCAUGUGCGAUGCCCUCAUCAAGGCCAUUGGAACUGAGCCAGACUCUGAUGUACUGUCAGAAAUCAUGCACUCAUUUUCAAAGUGCAUUGAGUUAAUGGGGGAUGGCUGUUUGAGUAAAGAGCAUUUCGACGAGCUAAGUGGGAUCCUAAAGGGAAAACUUGAAGAGCACUUUAAAAACCAGCGCCUCAGACAAGCCAAGAGAGAAGAUGAGGACUAUGAUGAACAGGUGGAAGAAACGUUACAAGAUGAGGAUGAAAACGAUGUGUACAUCUUGACCAAAGUUUCAGACAUUCUGCAUUCGGUCUUCUGUAGCUACAGAGAAAAAGUAUUGCCGUGGUUUGAACAGCUGCUCCAGCUAAUUGUCCAGCUAACCUGUCCAAACAGGCCCUGGGCAGACAGACAGUGGGGUCUGUGCAUCUUCGAUGAUGUCUUGGAGCACUGCAGCCCCUCCUCCUUCAAAUAUGCCGACCACUUUCUACCAGCCAUGCUGCAGUCGUUAUGUGACCCCACCCCCGAGGUACGGCAGGCAGCAGCCUAUGGUGUAGGUGUGGCAGCUCAGUUUGGAGGAGAGAACUACAGCCCUUUCUGCACAAAGGCCCUUCCUCUGCUCGUCAGCGUCAUUCAGGCGGCGGAGUCGCGCUCUAAAGAAAACGUCAACGCCACGGAGAACUGCAUCUCUGCUGUUGGAAAGGUGAUGAGGUUUCGACCAGAAUGUGUCAAUGUCAACGAGGUCCUUCCCCAUUGGCUCAGCUGGCUCCCACUCACUGAGGACAAAGAGGAGGCCGUCCACACUUUUGACUUCCUGUGUGACCUUAUUGAAAGCAAUAACCCUAUCGUCCUCGGCCCGGACAACUCCAACCUUCCCAAAAUUUUCGCCGUCAUUGCAAAUGGCAUUGCGAAUGAAUCUGUUAAGAGUGAGGAUGCAUGCAGCAAACGUCUCGCAAAUGUCAUCCGUCAAGUCCAAGUGUCUGCAGGAUUAUGGACCGGCUGCGUGUCGACCUUGAAUGAAGUGCAGCAGAAAGCGAUACAGGACCUACUGAACACUGCCUGAGCUUGGAGUGUGCUCCUCUCUCCGCUCUUUUAAAAGAAAGUUGAGCUCCUAGAUCAUCGCGAACACACCUUCUUCCUGCUUGGACCUGUAGUGUAAAUGGACAGACCUCACCCUCAUCACCUUCCCCGUACCACUCCACUCAGCUGUAUGGGGAGCAGGUUGCAUAUUUAUACCAAAAAGGGACAUUGGCUUUUUCUAAGGCCUCAAAGGCUUUUUCUGCAUCCCAACAAAAUGGGAAGGAUGGGGUCGUCAGUUCUAUCCAGCUUAUAAAUGUAACCUGUUUACCAUCUAGUCCUUUCCCCCCGCCCGCCCCAUCAUUCACUGGUGUUUGACCUGUCUAUCUGUGUCCAGGGGGAACUCACUGUUAGUGUAUGUAGUCCAACACAAAUGUGAUUGGACAGACUGGCUAAGAAGAAACAGUUGGAGAAAUCAAGAAGUCUUGUUAGUGGAUUGAAAUUUUGGUGAAUUAAAAAUCCAAACAAGGCAAUUAUUGUUCGUCUGAACCUUUUUCUUUCAUCACCAUGGUUACGGUGGCCUCAGAGGGACUGAAAGUAAAGGGCGCAUUCAAACAGUUGAUUCAAGAACAUGAAUUAGAUUUAACAUCAUGUGUACAGUUUUCAUAUUUUUAGGGAAUUUUUCGUAACCUGUUGUGUGAUUUAGCUCAACAUCCGAGUUGAAAUUAAACAACUAAUUUUUGUGUGUGCUUAUGUACGAUUAAACAAUGGUUUUGACGCUUCACUCCUGCAGGUUGUGAUGGAAUGGAAAAUGCCAAUAAUUAAACCACUCGAUAAAACUGG